CCCUGCUCCUGCUCUCACAGAUGACGAAAAUGGCGGACAACUCAUCAUCGGUCGAGAUUGUGGAGGGCUGCCGGCUCCCCGUUCUCCGUAAAAACCAAGAACACGAAGACGAAUGGCCGUUGGCUGAAAUUCUAAGUGUGAAGGAAGUUUCCUCGAGAAAGCUAUACUAUGUUCACUAUAUUGACUUUAACAAGCGGCUGGAUGAGUGGGUCACAGGGGACCGACUGGACAUGAAGAAGCUUCAGUUUCCUAAGAAAGAAGCUAAAACGCCAACCAAGAAUGGUCUUCCAGGCUCCCGCCCCAGCUCGCCAGAGAGAGAAGUGAGGAAGAGUCUAGAUCUCAACGUACCAUCUGCCACAGCUCCCUCCAGAGGCAAAACCCUCCCCACGCCGCUAUCGGGCCAUGCUGAACUGCAUGGGACUCCAGAUAUAAACAACCAUGACAUAAAAAAAGAAGAUGCUGAUCCGGUCGUGCAGAUCACAUCUGGAAGUGCUUUAACACACAGUGUAUCCAAAUGUUUGACAGGUGUUUGCACUGGACUUGUCAAGCCACAUUUCAACUUCAAAACUUUCAAGCCACCAGACUCCAUAGACCAGAACCUUGAUUUUACUUUGCAGAAGACGGGAGUUGAACGAGUGAAUCCAAACGAACCCUUUGAAACACCAAAGUCACACUGUAACACCAACAAACUAAAUCAUCGAGACAGUGGUAGACCAGCAACUCCAGUGUUCUGCAAGAAGAGGAAAGUAGAGGCCGUCCCCUUGGCCACUCAGGUAUCCCCGGCCACCCCCGUGCCCUCCCUGCCAAGUUCAGCUGAAGCCUCUCAGGCAUCUGUUUUUCCUGCUGUGAGGGAGACCAACACCUUCAAGUCCCGAGACGACCAUGAACCCAUCUCCUCGCUCACGACGAACGGCACCGCCCGACGACUCAUCCCGUCGCAGCCCGGGAGGAAGAGAAAAGCUAAUUGUGGGGGAACUGACGAGAUGAUAAAGGUUUUGCAGUAUAACAACCCUCAGAGUGCCAGUGUCUUCCUACCACCACCAGAGGAUUCCCAGGACAGUUCGGACGGCAUCCCAUCUGCACCCCGCAUGACGGGCAGUCUGGUGUCCGACCGCAGCCAUGAUGACAUCGUCACCCGGAUGAAAAACAUAGAGUGUAUAGAGUUAGGACGCCACAGACUGAAGCCGUGGUACUUCUCACCGUACCCGCAGGAACUCACCACGCUGCCCAUCCUCUACCUCUGUGAAUUCUGUCUCAAGUACCUCAAAAGCCUGAAGUGUCUCCAGAGGCAUUUGACAAAAUGUAAUCUAAGACAUCCUCCAGGCAACGAGAUCUACCGCAAAGGCACCAUCUCAUUUUUUGAGAUUGACGGCAGGAAAAACAAAACUUAUUCCCAGAAUCUGUGUUUACUCGCUAAGUGUUUCCUGGACCACAAAACCUUGUAUUAUGACACAGACCCUUUCCUCUUCUACGUAAUGACGGAGUACGACUCAAAAGGCUUUCACAUAGUCGGCUACUUCUCUAAGGAAAAAGAGUCCACUGAAGAUUAUAACGUUGCCUGCAUCCUGACGUUGCCCCCCUACCAGCGGAGAGGCUACGGCAAACUGCUCAUUGAGUUCAGUUACGAACUGUCCAAGGUAGAAGGGAAGACAGGAACUCCAGAGAAGCCACUUUCUGACCUUGGCCUUUUGUCCUAUCGCUCCUACUGGUCUCAGACCAUCUUGGAAAUUCUCAUGGACCUUAAACCUGACAAUGGAGAAAGGCCGCAGAUAACCAUCAAUGAGAUCAGCGAGAUUACAAGUGUGAAGAAAGAAGACGUCAUUUCGACGCUUCAGUACCUCAACCUCAUCAACUAUUACAAGGGUCAGUACAUCCUGACUCUUUCAGAGGACAUUGUGGACGGGCACGAAAGAGCGAUGCAGAAGAGACACUUGCGCAUAGAUCCAAAAUGCCUUCACUUCACGCCUAAGGACUGGAGCAAGAGGGGGAAGUGGUAGAUCCUCCAACCGCCAGAGAGCACACAGUGUUGAAGCAAACAGUGGAUCACAUCAAAGGUUUUUGUCACCAAGAAGCUGGAAACCUUUUUGAACCAAGGACUCUUCUUCAGAUAAGAAACAUAAAUUGUCACUUGAGAUGCAUCAACUUUUAUUGUGAAUAUCCAUUAUAUAUUGUGAAUUUAAAAAGCUCUCAAACUUGGGGACACAAGAGAGACUGGUUAACAGUGACACCGCCAAAAUGUACAACACACCGUCUACUGUGUAAAAGAUCCUGUUUAUGACCAACAGUGCGCUAAAAGUGACGUACGGACUAAAUAAUGUAAAUUAAAACCCAAAAUGGUAAACAUACAGGCCAGCUAAAGGAAACAAGGUGGUUGUUUUAUAGAAAAUAAUUUGAGUUCUACGGGGAAUUGCCUCAUUUGUUGCAGAGUCCAUAUUAUGUAACAACAAAAUUAUUUUCCUUAAAUCAAACAAGGAACAGUUGUUUUUUUUGUUUUUUGUUCUUUGCUUUGGCCAAGUGUGUGAUAUUGUCUACAUCCUACCGAAGAAUCGUUAAAAUGUUGUUGUGAAAAUUAUUAAUGUACCCCCAAAAAUGUCAAAUUUGUCGUGUGAAUUUAUCCAGUAACAUUGCUUAAAAAACAUUAACCUCGAUCGGACUGCACUCCAAAAAAUCUCGACACUUUUUAGUGUAUUGAUGCCAGAAAUGGAAACUAAUUAGUAACAAUAUCACAAAAGUUUGUCCUUACAAGAUGUUUUCCCUUUAUUUUGACAUUAUAACAAUAUACUAACUUAUGUUAUGACAAGAAACUAAUCUUGUUAUAACAUGACAUGUUUCAACAUCACAACUUACUGUUAUAACAUGUAAAUAAUGGGAAAAUGUUUGUCAUGAUGUUUUUCCCGUUAUAACAAUAUUUUUUCACGUUAAUCCAAUAUUCAAACAAAUCUUGUUUUAAAGUCCUAACUUUAUAACAUGAAAAGUUUGUUGUCAUAACAGAAUGUUUUUACAGUCAUUUUCAUGUCAUAACUAUAUAUUUUCACGUUAUUACAAUAUACAAACGUAUUGUUUUAACAUGAAAUGUUUUAAAGUUAUUACUUAUUGUUAUAACAUAAAGCGUUUCAUGUUUUAAAGUGAUUUGACGUGAAAUUUCUGCUCGAAGGAGCACGAACACACAUUUGACAUUUUUUUAAAACAAUACUGGUUGAUACACAGAUUGUGGUUAUUAACAGUUAUUCAUUUAUUAGGAGAGUAUAAAUGGGUUAAAGGUUCCAAUUUUCCCAUCUGUUUUUGGAGUAUAAAAUUAAAAAUUCAAAACGCACCUCAGCGCACAACAGAAGGGAAAAAAAAAGGUAAUUUUCAGUUUAUUAUGGUUCUCCUUGAGUGCCUGAAUUUUAUUGUCUUUUACUGGACAGGGAUAUGUUCUAGAAGUAUCAUGGCUCAUUUGUAAAAUAAAAAAGUAUUAAAUAAUCACCCAGAACAGCUUGGAUGCAGACAAAAGAAAAAUCAAACACAACCUCAAAUUCUACCGUUAUAAUGUUGCUUUAGAACCAACAUGGUCACUUCAGGUGUGUUCUCUUUUCCAGUAGUAACUGUGCUUUCAUUUCCAUUUGUUUUCAAUAGCUGGAAGUAUUUAUGCUCUUUGUUUGUGACCAGUCAGGUAAAUCUUCUUUCGUUGAGAUAACCCUCUGUCAUGAUCAUCUGUACAGUGUGCAACAAGACAAAUCAGCUCCCCGAGUUAAACACAUGUUCCCUGUAACUGUACAUACUGAACCUGAUUGUAAAAAAAAAAAAAACAAGAAAAAAAAAAACAAGCUUAGAAGACAGAAGCCAUGUUGAACUGUUAGAUGAAUGUAAAUUUUGUGUACAGUUGUCUUUAGUGUCUUUUUUUACUUAAUGUAAACUAACUGGCUGCACAAUAUCAACAGGAAAAGACAUACAAGUGGUAUCUUACUUUCAGUUUGUGUUUUCUGUUUACAUGUCACAAAGGAAUUUACCAUGUUGAAAUGAUUUAGUAUAUCUUUAAGUGAAACACAGUUGAGAGUAUGAUUUGAACGUUUGAUAUGAAAAGCUUGUUGAAUUGAUAAAAAAAGAUCUUAAAUCCAUAAAA